AUGGCCGAACUGGCCAACACACUAACGUCUUCCCUUAUCGCCGCCGCCACAUCUACCGCUAACGCGACGGGAGACCUCACGACUUCACAUGUGGUGCACGACUCAACACAACAGAGCAUAUUUUGGCUCUCGGUAUCACUGAUAUAUAGCGCAGCAUACCUACUCCAGAGAAUCAGCUUUUGGAUCAUUAGCUUUAGCGGCUAUACUAUUCCAACAUGGCUAUUUACGCUUUUUAGUACGAGCUUGACGUUUACCAUGAACUUUACGACGCUCUUAAUUAUACUACUCUUAUUUGGAUCGAUAGUGUCAUGGGCCGUCCGUUACCGACUACUCUACAACUACAAUCGUCUCCCACACGAACCGCAGCGAAAGGAGCCAGAAAUCGACCUGUUCCCAGAUAGCCAAGAGGGGGACUCUAAGCCAGGUCUGAGUAACUAUCUAGAUGAAUUUUUAAGUGCGAUUAAGGUUUUUGGGUAUCUGGAACGACCCGUGUUCCAUGAACUCACAAGGAGUAUGCAGACAAGGAAACUGCUUGCUGGAGAAACACUACUACUCGAAGAGGAGAAAGGGUUUUGUAUCGUCGUUGAUGGUCUUGUCCAGGUGUUUGUCAAAGCCGCCCGCACUGCCGCCAUGGAGGCGGAUGCGGGACCGGCCGGAUAUGGCGGCGCAUUUCACGACGAGGAAGAGGAAACCUUGGAAGAUAGUCAAGGUUACCAACUCCUCACGGAAGUGAAGAAUGGCGCGCCGAUGAGUAGUUUAUUUACCAUCCUAAGCUUAUUCACUGAGGACGUGAAGUUGCGGCAUGAAGAUGAAGAUGAGGGGAAUAUGUCCACAAGUAGUAGUAUGGUAAACCUACAUUCCGCUGGUGACCUGAAUCCGUAUGAUACAGCGGACAUUAGUACUGGAAGGUAUCAGCAGGCGAGAAUGGCACCUGUUCCCCCGUUUUCGCUGAAUGGGGGUGGAGAUUCGAGAAAUACUUCGAGACCUGUUACUCCCGGAGAGGGUCAGUCACAUAAUCAUCCUCUCCCCCAACCGCAGAGACCACAAAGGCCACGAAUGAAGAAAUCGAAAUCUGUACAUCCAGAUAUCGUGGCCCGAGCUACCGUUGAUACGACUAUCGCAGUCAUCCCAGCGAGCGCGUUUAGAAGGCUCACAAGGAUAUAUCCUAAAGCCACGGCCCAUAUCGUUCAAGUUAUUCUUACAAGGUUCCAGAGGGUUACGUUCCUAACAGGAUAUAAUUAUCUUGGCCUAACCAGUGAGGUAUUACGGACCGAAAAGUUCAUGAAUAGGUACACUAUGUAUGAGCUUCCAAACCACCUGCGUGGUGGGGCUCUUGACAGGUUAAAAGAAAAAUUUAAGAGCGAGCAAGAACGCGCAGAGUUGGAGGAUUCAAUGAAAGGAAUUGUUUUACAUAAUCCUGGUGCUGCCUCAGCACGGAGAAGAAGAUCCAGUAGUUCUCUGCGCAAAGAGGCGGCGGUUCACGCCCGUCUUGCCGCUGCUAGAGGUAUCCCAUCGCCGGCGUUAGAUGCCGCUUCUUCGCCAUUGAGGAACAAGCCAGUCGAUCUACCAAGUUCACCCGCAUUACGGCCCAAGUUUCAGGGCAGUCUUUCGAUUGCAAACCAGAUAUCACCGUUCUCCCAGGGCUGGACUGUAUCUCAACCUUCCGGGCUAGAUGCAGAAACUCCAGGGGCUGGGGAGCGGCCUUUUAACCCGUUUUCGAAAAGGGCUGCAAAGUUUAUGCCAGACGGAACUGAAAAUGAGGAUAUGGUAUUCCGUGAAGCAGUUUUGGAAUGUAUGUUCAAAGCGAUUGGAUUAACAGGAUCCACGAUCAAUACCAUUACCGGAACUGAAUCUGGCGACCAAUCACCACGUCUAGUAUCAUAUGAUUCCAUGCGCCAAAAGGCAGUAUUCACAAAUGCAUUUGGCCAUUUUGACGCUUAUGACGGGUCCCACGAUGGAGAAACUGAUUCAAUUGCCAGUACCAGUGUCAGUGGUGCUAGUACAAGUGGAUUCGUCAGUGGAGGUAUUAGUGGCAUACACGCUGAUCUUAAGGAUGACGUUGAGAUUGUGUUUUUCCCUAAAGGUGCAGUGCUUGUGGAGCAGGGUGAGAGGAACCCAGGAUUGUAUUAUGUUAUUGAUGGAUUUCUUGAUGUGUCUAUCCCGGUUGAUGAGAAGGACAGUGGAAGUGUCUUGGGAGGAGGAAACAGUGGCACACCAAUGAAUAUUGGCUCCCUUGGAGCUGAUUUGGGCCUACCACCUUUAAAGAGACAGAGCUCAUUUGCCAGCAGUUCAAGUCAACGCCCAUCAGGAAUGGGGAGAGGGAAAAAGUUGGGUAGAAAAAGUUUGUUUAUGAUUAAGCCUGGUGGAGUUGCGGGAUACAUUGGUUCGAUCAGCAGUUACAGAAGUUUCAUAGACGUUAGAGCUAAGACCGAUGUAUAUGUGGGCUUUUUGCCGAGAGCGGCGCUGGAAAGGAUUGUCGAGAGGCACCCGGUUGUCUUACUUACGAUGGCGAAGAGGUUGACGAGUCUUCUACCAAGAUUGAUUUUGCACAUCGACUUCGCACUCGAAUGGUUACAAGUUAAUGCUGGUCAGGUCAUUUACCAUCAGGGUGAUGAGAGUGAUGCGAUUUAUAUUGUUCUCAAUGGGCGCUUGAGGGCGAUACUCGAGAAUGAAGAUGGGGAAAUGAGAGUCGUCGGAGAGUUCGGUCAGGGAGAGAGUGUCGGCGAGCUAGAGGUCAUGACCGAGACAACUCGUCCGGCUACACUCCAUGCCAUUCGCGAUACUGAAAUCGCCAAAUUCCCGAAGUCCCUGUUUAACAGUCUUGCACUAGAACAUCCAGGAAUCACAAUUCAAAUUUCGAAGAUUAUUGCGUCAAGGAUGAGGGCAUUAGUUGACGAUCCGCUUUCAGAACAACGUAGAGGCAUUGAACGUACCGGGAGCUCUGCAGUAAAAAAGAUUUCUUCCACAAUGAACCUAAGGACAGUCUGUGUGUUGCCUAUCACUGCAGGCGUGCCGGUUGGCGAGUUCUCGCAUCGUCUCUCAAACGCACUCACACAGAUUGGUGCCCCCAAUGGCGUAACGGUCUUGAAUCAAACUGCAAUUCUCAACCAUCUUGGCCGCCAUGCAUUCAGCCGCAUGGGCAAGCUUAAACUUCAAGGCUAUCUUGCUGAUCUUGAGGAGCGAUAUGGAAUGGUCAUCUACGUUGCUGAUACCUCUGUCAAUGCUCCAUGGACACAGACUUGUAUCAGUCAAGCGGAUUGCAUUCUAUUAGUAGGAUUGGCUGAAGGCAAUCCUGCAAUCGGUGAAUAUGAGAAGUUCUUGGUAGGAAUGAAAACAACGGCGAGGAAAGAGUUAGUACUAUUACACGUAGAGAGAUAUUGCACCCCCGGGUUGACAAGAACAUGGCUUAAGAACCGUAUGUGGGUUAACGGUGGACACCAUCAUAUCCAGAUGGCGUUCAGGACCACCCCAGAGCCAGUCCAUCCACAAGUCAAGAAGUUUAGUGCGUUGAAGCAGCGAGUCCAGAUCUUGCAAGCUGAGAUCACUAAAUACACUUCCAGACGGAUACGCAAUACACCAGUCUAUUCUUCCGAGACACCUGUUAAGGGUGAUUUCCAUAGAUUAGCGAGAAGAUUGUGCGGAAAGUCUAUUGGCCUUGUUCUUGGUGGCGGAGGUGCCAGAGGUAUUUCACAAGUGGGUGUAAUCAGAGCAUUAGAAGAGGCAGGAAUCCCUAUCGAUAUCGUUGGUGGAACGAGUAUUGGUGCAUUCGUCGGGGCUCUUUACUCAAGAGAUGCUGAUAUCGUACCCGUCCUGGGACGCGCGAAGAAAUUCGCGGGGAGAAUGGCAAGUUUGUGGAGAUUUGUCUUGGACUUGACAUAUCCAUCCGUAUCCUACACCACCGGCCACGAGUUCAACCGCGGUAUUUUCAAGACCUUUGGAAACUCGCAGAUUGAAGACUUCUGGCUCGAAUUCUACUGCAACACCACCUCCAUCUCCAAGUCUCGGAUGGAGAUACACACCUCCGGGUACGCCUGGCGGUACAUCCGUGCCUCCAUGUCACUCGCCGGUCUUCUCCCACCUUUGUGUGAUGAAGGUGAUAUGCUGCUGGAUGGUGGCUAUGUCGAUAACCUUACCGUUGCGCACAUGAAAAGCCUGGGUGCAGAUGUCAUCUUUGCUGUCGAUGUUGGCAGUAUUGACGACAAUACACCGCAGCAGUUUGGAGACAGUUUGAGCGGCUUUUGGGCGUUCUUCAAUAGAUGGAACCCUUUCUCACCACACGCUAACCCGCCGACGCUGGCCGAGAUUCAAGCCCGUCUCGCCUAUGUCUCUAGCGUGGACGCACUAGAGCGAGCCAAGCUGAUUCCUGGGUGUAUCUAUAUGCGGCCCCCCAUCGACGCAUACGGGACACUUGACUUUGCAAAGUUUGACGAAAUUUAUAGAGUUGGUUAUGAGUAUGGGAAGAAGUUCCUAGAGGAUAUCAAGGCGAAGGGAAUGCUGCCGAAUGAGAGUGCUACGGGGCAGGUAGGUAGAGGCUUGAGGAGGACGACGAUGGCGCCAAGGAGGGCCAGUGUUUAA